ACAGAUUAAAUAAUUAAUAACAUGAGUUCAAAUGCAACUGCUGAGAGAUUAAAGCAUGUUUAAGAAUUGAGGAAAGCUCACUUUUACUUUGGAUUUGAUGAAGACACAAAUAAUCAAUCCGUUGCAAAGCAACCUAUACCAAUGUAGAAAACAGCUAAAGUGAGACCUAUGACAUCUGUUGUAGAGAAGGAUUAAAAGUUACAAUAAUAAUAGCCACAAUAACCAAUAUAACCUCCAAAAUUACAAUAAAAUCAUUUUCAUUUGGGAGAUGACAAACCUAAAUUAGAGUCCAUAUAAAAAUCUGACUAUUAAAGACCUUAAAGUGCAGCUAUUGCUAAAUUAAGUGAUGAAACCAAGAAAGAUUUGAGAUCUCAUCAUUUUUAAUUAGGUUAUCAUGAUAUCAAUAAGCCAACUGAAUAUGAAUAGAAUUUUGGAGAUUAAGGCAAAAACAAUGUUAAGAAGGCAGAUAAUGCAGAUUUACGUAAACAUCAUCAUGAUUUUGGUGAUACAAAUAAUUAUUACUCUUCUAUGUAUGAUACUGUGCAUAAUAAACAAUAUGAUAAGGCUUUAUUAGGAUAAGGAUACUCAAAAGAAAGAAUGGCAGAAAUGAAUGUUCAAUUAAGAAAAACUCAUUUGGUUAUGGGAAGAGAUGGCAAUGGUUAUAUAACAUAAAAUUAAGCUAUAUAUGGGAAACCAUAAUUAUAAGUGAAUAAUUUUCAAGACAAGACCUAACAAUUAGUUAGAAAUACACAUAUAACUAUGGGUACAGAUAGAGUUGAAUAUACAAGUUAAGCUAAGGCUUCUCAUGUAGGAAAUUAAGGUGAUAGAUCUAUAUUAAAUGAGGCAUAAUUAAAAGAUUUAAGAGCAACACAUUUCUAAGUAGGAAAUGAUUAAGCUGUUAAUUAUUAAUCAGCUUAUAGAUCUUAAUUCUCAGAUAGAAAAGGAUAAUAAGAAUAAGUUAGAAAUCCUUAAUUUCAAUAAAAUAAUUUUGAUCUUAAAGAUGAAGUUGUAAAACCUACAAUUUAAGAACAUUAUAAAAGCACAUAUAAUCAAUAAUUUAAUGGAUAAAAGGCUGAGAAAGUUAAUCCAAUAGUGGAUAAUUCUAAAAAUAUUAUGAUUGGAAAUGAUAAAUUAAGUUAUUAGAGUGAAGCAUAAGCAAGGUUUAGAGAUUUUCAUUCGAAACCAGGAAAAUUAUAAGAAGAAGUCUAAGCAGAGUUAAGAAAACAUCACUUUAAAUUUGGAACUGAUGAAGAUACAACAGAAUCAGUGGCAAAAGCAUAAUUUAAAAAUCCACAUGGAUAACCAGGUAAAAUGGAUGCAGAAAUGAAAAAAGUAAAUUUAUUAUAUAGAUAUCUUAUAGGAUUUAAGAACCCAUCAUUUUUAAUUAGGUUAUUGUAGAAAUGAUUAUUAAACUCAUUAAAAAGAAUUUGGAUCAAAAUAAGGACCACCAAAUAAAUUACCUCCAGAAAUGGCUUAAAGAAUUAGAUAGAGUUCAUAUUAGAAUUGA